CAGGAGCGCGCAGUGCCGGCGGGUGCUCCCGGAGGACAUCGCCGCGGCGCAGGAGAGGUACGCCCGGAGCCGGCAGCUCCAGGCCGGCCCGCACGCGCAGCUGGCCGCCGCCGCGGAGGCCCUGGCGAGGGCGAGGCCGCGAGGCCGGGCCACGGUGCUGGCCGUCGGCGCGCACGAGCUGAAGGGGGACCUCGCGGACUUCGCCGUCCUCGCAGCGCUGUCCCCGCGGAUGGUCUUCGUCGAGCCGAACUCCAGGCUCAAGCAGUGGCUUCAUGCGCUUAACGUUUUCUUGUCUUCUGCCAGCGAAGAACCGGAAGAUCAUCUCGGCCGCAGCGUGCGAGACGGACAGGGAGGAGGCGACGCUCUACACCAGCGUGCAGGCAGCCACGCGGGACUCGUUCGACAGGCACUACGUCUCCAGGCACUCCGACAUGAAGCAGAGGAAGGUCAGGUGCAUGUCGAUGGCGUCGGUGCUCGCCGCUGCCGAGGCCACGGCGAGCGACGUCGAUGUCGUCAUCCUGGACGCAGAGGGGAGCGACCUCAAACUCUUGGACGCACUGCUGAGGCUCCCCGGCUUCAGGCCGCUGCUCGUGCGCUUCCCGUGCUGCUUCGGCUGGGAGGCUCGCGGCGUCCCCGACGAGCUCGGCCCGGCGAUGUCCGACCUGUCUGGGCGUGGCUACGACGUCUUUCUGGACGGGGGCAACGUGCUCGCCGUGCACGAGCGUGUCGGGGAGUCCCUGCAAGACUCGCGGGGCUCGUUCCGCUACUGAGCGGGACUGGGGCGCAGCGCCAACUUCUGCGCUCCGCCUUCGCGUGCCCCGGUCGGCCCAUCCAGGCUGCCGGUGUCCCGUCCCCCUUUCGGACGAUCUCACGCCUCUCGGAGGGUUUAGCGUCAUCACUCGUACCUCGCUCUUGCCGAUCCGCGGGUGUAGCGAGACGAUCCUUCUCCCCCUCUCUCUCUCCCUCUCUCU